AUGAGCGAAAAAAAAGUCAAAUCAACAGUUGUUGGUGCUGCAAGUAAAACAGCAACAUCAAAUGACAUGCGACCAAGACGUCGCAUGGCUCAAAAUUAUCUGAUCAUUUGGGUCGAUAGCAACAUCAAUUUAAAUAAUAGUGGCUACCAAAAUGCACUGGAACAAUUACGCACAGUGGUAAAUGAGGUGAAACUUUGUACAACACCAGCACAGUGUGUUGAAUUUCUCAAUGAAAUCAAUGAUGGAAAAGUUUUUAUCAUUUCAUCGGAAGCACUAUGUCAGCACCUCGUGCCUGACAUCCAUGAUAAGCCAACAGUCGAUGCAAUAUACAUCUUCGGUGACAAGGCAAAUCAUGAACAAUUGACGAAAGAAUGGACAAAGAUUCGAGGCGUUUUCCCUUCAAUCGAACCGAUUUGCGAAUCUUUAAAAAAGGUCGCCCGCCAUUGUGAUCAUGAUAGCAUUCCGAUGAGCUUUGUGCCGAAGCAAACGAUAGCAACAAGCAGUGUGUCACAACAACAAAAUCUUGACCAAUUGGAACCAUCAUAUAUGUACUCGAUGUUAUUCAAAGAUAUUAUGUUGGAAAUUCAUGAAGAGGAUACAAAACCUCUGAACAAUUUAGUGACCUAUUGCCGUGAGCAAGGUGUUUCUCAAUAUCAACUCAAUUAUUUUCAGGAUAAAUACCACGAGAAAUCUGCAAUAUGGUGGUAUACAGAAGAAAUUUUUAUAUACAGUAUGUUAAACAAAGCCCUACGGUCAUUGGAUAUGGAGUGCAUGGUGAAAAUGGGAUUUUUCAUCCGAAAACUACAUCAACAACUCGAACAAGUACACCAAGAACAAUUAAGUACAUAUGAAAAGAAAUUUGUUGUUUAUCGUGGUCAAGGUAUGACACAGGAAGGCUUUCAACAUCUUAUCGAUACGAAGGGUGGACUCCUCUCAUUCCAUAACUUCUUGUCAACUAGUAAGGAGCGAAGCGUGGCCAUGGACUUUGUUCAACGUGCUAUGUAUAAUAGUGAUGAAACUGUCGGCAUUAUUUUUAUCAUGACUAUCGAUCAAAGUAAAAUAUCAGCAAAGACCACUCCAUUUGCAAUGAUUGAUGCGUACAGUGCUAUUCCAUCAGAACAAGAAAUUCUAUUUACAAUGCAUACCGUGUUUCGUGUGCGUGAAAUUACACGGACGGACAAGAAUAGUCGUCUUUGGGAAGUACAAUUGGAUAUUACGGGCGAUAGUGAUCCACAACUAGCUGCGCUUACCGAUUGCAUUAAAGAGGAGGUUCAAGGUUCUAGUGGAUGGUAUCGAAUGGGUAAAUUGAUGCUCAAAGUAGGUCAUUUCAAGCAAGCUGAAGAACUCUACAAUGAACUACUGAAAAACGCAUCGACCGACAGUGAUAAAGGCAAUAUCUAUCACAUGCUUGGAAUGUUGACAUAUCAGCAAUGUAACUAUCAAGAAGCAGCUACAUUCUACAAAAAAUCACUUGAAAUCAUGCGAAAAACUCUUUCGGAAGAUGAUAUUUCAUUAGCUAAUACCUAUAACAACAUCGCUCUUGCUUAUCAAGAAAUGGGUGACCACUCGAAAGCACUUGAGUUUUAUGAAAAAUCAUGCAAAAUCAAAGAAAAAUGCUUGUCUCCAAAUGAUCCCGAUUUGGCUACUACCUACAGCAAUAUCGGCUCGGUGUACAGCAGCAUGGGUGACUAUACAAAAGCACUGGAAUUUUACGAAAAUGAUCUCAAAAUUACAAAAAAAUCUCUACCUUCGAAUCAUCCGGAUUUGGCUACUUCCUACAGUAACAUUGGUUCGGUGUACAGCAACAUGGGUGACUAUACGAAAGCAUUGGAAUUUUACGAAAAAGAUCUCGAAAUAACAAAAAAAUCUCUACCUCCGAAUCAUCCGGAUUUGGCUAAUUCCUAUCACAACAUCGGUACAAUGUUUUAUGGAAUUGGUGAAUAUGCAAAGGCGCUGUCCUGUCUAGAAAAAGCACUUUCUAUUUUGAAAAAGUCACUUUCUUCAACACAUCCUAAGAUUACGACUGUGAUAAAUAGUAUAGAAGAUGUGAAAAAAAAGCUGUAA